UUACUGUUAUCAGUGCAAUAGACUGCCAUGCUGUAUAUUGAGUGAUAUUGUCAGACAACCCUAUACAAAUCGAUCACCCUCAGCGGAGUGCUCCCUGGAGUCGACAUUCACUGACUGCAAACCCACACCAGAACAAACCAGACUGCACAAAAAUCUCUGAUAGACUGAGAGCAUCCCAAGUACUUCUAUUAAAAUGGCAUAAAAUAAGUGAAUCACUCACACUGCGAAUCCUUCAAUAUCAAAAUGGCCAAAGUCGAGAACGAAAUCCAACAAACCAUCUACAAUCUAUAUCACAUCUUCUGGACAAAUACCGACCACGAUGGCAUCACACAUAAGCCCUUUGGACUCGACUGGAUCAGCCUAGAACGAAACAUGCACCGUCUCCUCGUCCUCCGUGGCAUUAUCAAAGAUGGAGAGAUCGUCCAGCAGGAUCCUUGGGAUAUGUUUACCACUGAAUUCGCGCCCAAGCAUACUAUCCUAUCGUCCAGUGUCAAACAGCCGUCGCAGCCUUAUUUUCCCAGCUCGAUUUUGCUUCCUGCGUCGAGUGGUGGGCAGCAGAAUCAGAAGUCUUCGCGUGUCCACUUCCAGUCUCCUUUGCCUGGAAGAUCUUCGAUGUCUUGAUGUGUUGAGUCUGCAGUGAAUGUCUUGAUGAGUACAGUGCUGCACAUCGACGAUAUCUCGGCUACUGAAGUGACGAUGUUGAUGCAUUGGAGUCGACUGUAGGAUAUAAUGUUUGGGAUAAAAUGUUAAUGUAUUCUAGUAUUCAAUAACAAAAGCACGA